GGGUGGGUCCCGCGUCCGGGGCAGGGCGGGAGAGGUACAGCCGCACAGCCGCGGGCUCGCCGGGGGCCGGAGCCGAGCGCGCUCCACCCCAGCACAGCUGCACCUGUUGCGGCGCUGCUGGGACCGGAGGGUCCUCCCCGCUCCUUCCUUUUCCGGCGUUUCUCCUGGGCAGGGGUUCGUGGGGCGCCCUCGGGCCGUGGUGACUGCGGGAGCCGCCACCGAGCUCGGCUGCCCCGUGCCUGGGGCGGUGGUGCAGCGCGGCGUGGAGUUGUCACAGGUGGGACGAGUGUGCAGGAAGAGGAGCGGCGCUCGCCACUGCCAGGCGUCCCCCAGAAGCGUAAUGUCUCAGGAGUGCAGUUACGGGAGGUGGACAAUAUCCAGCAGCGAUGAGAGUGAGGACGAAAAGCCGAAACUGGACAAGCCAUCCCCGUCUGCUGUCCCUGCUGCUGCACCAAGCGCCGUCAGUGAGCCAAAGUACACCUGUUCUGAGGCUCGCAGAGCCGCGCACAAGAGACAGGCAUCCCCCGUGAGAUACAGCGACCCUGAUUCGGGUCAUCCUCCCAAGGUGCAGAGAAGCGCUUCCCAGGAGGACCUGGGCUGGUGUCUCUCCAGCAGCGAUGACGAGGUCCCACCAGAAUCCCAGCCGAAGCAGGCGAGGAAAGACAUGGGCUGUGAGGAAAGGACCGGCCUCUCUCCCCAGGACAGCACUGCCCAGACAGCUGCAAGUCACAGGCUCAAGGAGGAGGCUCAAGACAGGGAUGAGACGUCCGGGGAAGGCCAGGACAUUUGGGACAUGUUGGAUAAAGGGAACCCCUUCCAAUUCUACCUCACUAGAGUCUCGGGAAUCAAGCCCAAGUACAACUCUGGAGCCCUCCACAUCAAGGAUAUUUUAUCUCCUCUGUUUGGGACACUUGUCUCUUCAGCUCAGUUUAACUACUGCUUCGACGUGGACUGGCUCAUCAGACAGUACCCUCCAGAGUUCAGGAGGAAACCAAUCCUGCUGGUGCAUGGCGAUAAGCGAGAAGCCAAGGCUCAGUUACAUGCACAGGCCAAGCCAUAUGAAAAUGUUACCCUCUGUCAGGCAAAGUUGGAUAUUGCAUUUGGAACACAUCACACGAAAAUGAUGCUGCUGCGCUACGAGGAGGGCCUCCGGGUUGUCAUCCACACAGCCAACCUCAUCCACGAGGACUGGCACCAGAAAACUCAGGGGAUGUGGUUGAGCCCCUUGUACCCACGGCUUGUCCCUGGAACCCACGGCCUGGGAGAAUCACCGACACAUUUCAAAGCGGACCUCAUCAGCUACUUGAAGGCUUACAACGCUCCUCCCCUGCAGGAGUGGAUAGACAGCAUCCGUGAGCACGACCUGUCUGAAACCAACGUUUACCUUAUUGGUUCAACCCCAGGACGCUUUCAAGGAAGUCAGAAAGAUAACUGGGGACAUUUCAGGCUUAGGAAGCUCCUGAAAGAACACACCUCAUCCAUCCCCCAGGCUGAGUCCUGGCCUGUGGUGGGCCAGUUUUCCAGCAUCGGCUCCCUGGGGGCCGACGAGUCCAAGUGGCUCUGUUCCGAGUUUAAGGAGAGCUUGCUGGGCCUGGGCUCGCCCGGACAACCCGCAGGAACCAGUGCCGCUCCUCUGCACCUGAUUUAUCCAUCUGUGGAAAACGUGCGGACCAGCUUAGAAGGAUACCCUGCUGGGGGCUCUCUUCCCUAUAGCAUCCAGACAGCAGAGAAACAGAACUGGCUGCAUUCCUAUUUUCACAAAUGGUCCGCCGAGACGUCUGGCCGCAGCAACGCCAUGCCGCAUAUUAAGACCUACAUGAGGCCCUCUCCAGACUUCUGCAGAAUCGCGUGGUUCCUUGUCACAAGCGCCAACCUAUCCAAGGCCGCCUGGGGCGCUCUGGAGAAGAACGGCACGCAGCUGAUGAUCCGCUCCUACGAGCUCGGCGUUCUCUUCCUCCCCACCGCCUUUGGCCUGGACAGCUUCAACGUGAAACGGAAAUUCUUCUCCAGCCACCAGGAGCUGACAGCCCCCUUUCCUGUUCCGUAUGAUCUGCCCCCGGAACUGUAUGGAAGUAAAGAUCGGCCGUGGAUUUGGAACAUCCCUUACGUCAAAGCUCCAGAUACCCAUGGGAACAUGUGGGUGCCCUCCUGAGCGACCCCGAGCACUGCAAAACUCCAUUACCAAGCAUUUGCCUAUGCUCUGGCUGCUCCACCAUGCAAAACUUUUUACAAAGGUCACUCUUGUGCACAUGGAUGUAUAUUUAAUAGUCUUUAUCAACAGGCUAAGAAGGAAAAAUUUGUUUCUUUGUAAAUUCACUUUUAUAUGCUUUGAAAAGAAGCCCAAUAAAAUUCACAGUGUUA